UUUUUUUUUUCUUCAUUCAACUUAUUCUUCUUUCAUCGCAUUGGUUUUGUUAAUUAAUGAUGCUUAAAAUACUCUGUCUACACGGCUAUACUCAGAAUGCACUAUCGUUCACUAAAAAGACCGCCGUCUUCCGUAAAGCACUCAAGGAUGUUGCUGAUCUCGUCUACGUCACAGCACCGCACGUCGUUCCUAUUCCAACAUUAGGGACCCCAGAAGAGCGUGAGAAUGAUGAGCUAGAUAAUCUAGGGCCUGAGGAUGCCUCCUAUGGCUGGUGGACAUCAUCACCGGAGAAACCUACUUAUAAAGGAUUUGAUGAGAGUUUAUCAGAGCUUCGGUCUGUGCUUGAGAAAGAGGGACCUUUUGACGGUGUUAUGGGGUUUUCACAGGGUGCAUCAAUGGCGAGUCUAUUACAGCUAUUGUUAGAACGACCUUAUUUAUCCCCGAUCAUGAGUGGGUGCCGACAUGAUCCUUUCAAGUUUGCUAUUAUUGUCUCUGGAUUUGAACCUCGAGAUCCGGAAAAGAUAGGAUGGUAUACCAAUAAAUAUCCUAUCCUGACACCUCGGAGACCCCCAAGAUCAACCACUGGCAACCACAUUAGUGAUGAUGAGAUGGAUUUAGAGGAUCAAGAGGAUAAAGAAAAUAUUGAGCCAGAAUCUCUUCAUGGUGUUCAAGGUGCUAGUAUGCAUGUCAUUGGACGAACAGAUGUUAUUAUCACGCCAGAGCGCUCUGAGGAGCUAUUAAAGCAUUAUCAGUAUAGACCACCUGUGACAUUAUAUCAUGAUGGUGGACAUUAUAUGCCUUCGAAUGCAGCGAGUCGGCAGGCUUAUAAAUCAUUUGUUCGAUCUUUCAUGUAGAGGAAGUGUAGACCUUGAUUCCAAGUCAGAAAGAUCAAAGAGGAUCAGGGAAAUUGUUACAUGACAAGGGAUACGAGUCAAGGGGUAUCAGACCAAUAGACAAAGGAUAUUCACCUUAGACAGUUUAUCAGAUUAGAUUGAUGAUCAACUCUUUAGUAUAUCCAACCACAUAACUUUGUAUAUAAAACUAUAUAUGUAUCUUCUUGUAUGGC